AUGGGUCGCCAGCCGAGACAGCGACCGGUUUCGUGCACCCUAUGCCGGGUGCGCAAGCUGCGCUGCAGUCGCGUCUUCCCGUGCUCCAACUGCACGUCCCGCGGAGUCGCCUGCCAGCAUGAAGCCGUGACCCCCGCCGUGCCUCCAGCGCAUGCGAGGAACGCUUCGAGUUCCACAGAGCCUCCCAAUCUCGACCUGCUGUCGCGCCUCGAGCGUCUCGAGGCCUUGGUCGCCUCCCAGACGCAGGAACCGUCUAAACAGGCCUACCCUGCGUCGCAGCAGCAGCCGCCGCCGCCGCCGCCUCCACCGCCGCCGCCACCUUCGCUGGCCGUCCCUUCGCGGCUUCAGCGUCUGACGGCUGACGCCCUGUGGCUCGAGAAGUCGUGCUCGGGCCAGAAGAUUUUGGACUCCCUGGUGGCGGAUCCCAUCACUUUCCGCACAUGCCCCAUCCGCCUCAUCACCAAACCGUCGUCGUUUGUCCUCGAGCCAAACGGUGUUGCUUCCCCUUCGGCAGAGGCGGCGCAGGUCUUCAAGUGCAUCUGGCUGCCUCGGCGCGAGGAGACUCAUGUCCUGCUGCAAAAGUACAUCAGUGACAUCGAUCACCUCCAUCACAUCAUCCACUCUCCCUCGCUGCCGGCCCUUAUAAACUCCCUUUACGAUGGCCUAGACCGAGGGCAUGGCGCUGACUCGGGCGCCCUGCUGCUCCUCCUAAGCAUCUGCACCAGCACCACGUACUCGUGGACGCCGCAUGACGAUGCGAGGUGCUUGUUCGCCAACGCGGCCGAAGCAAACUCCCAGACGACAGCAUGGCUUAAAGCGGCUCUGGACGUCGUCGAUCAUGCGCACCGCACAGCACAUGCGUCCCUGGAGUGCACGCAGGGCAUGAUCAUCCUCUUCUUCGUCAUUUGCAGCCUGGAAGGCGUUUCGUCACGAGCCCGCUGUCUCGUCGCCCAGUCCAUCGCCAUGGGCCGGGAGCUGGCCUUGCACUCCAUUGACUACCCCGGCAGCUCAUCCGCUUCCAACUCGGCAGAUAUGAACAGCAUCAAGACGGAAAUCGGACGCAGAGUCUGGUGGUACCUCGCGGCAUCUGACUGGAUGCUCUCGCAAUUCUCUGUCCCGCAAGAGGGCACUUACACGGUGCAUCCUGACCAAAUGGCGGUUAGGAAGCCUCGAAACGCCCACGAUGAAGACCUCGUGGACGGUAGAGAUGUCAUCGAUCGUCCACUGCACGAGCCGACGGGUGUGUCAUAUCUGCUGCAGCGCAUCCGUUUGGCCCAAGUUUGCCACGCACUCUUGGAUCGUAGCCCCUUCAUCCUCCUGAGCCCGGAGACCAUGGACUACAGGCAGGUCAUGGAGUUGGACACGCGGCUCAAGCGAUUCAUGAAGGAGAUGCCGCCCUUCUUCUCGCUCGACAAUGUCGAUUGGGAUAGCUUGCCGCCUACCGAUCCCCGGCGGUCCCACAGCAUCACCGUACAGCGCUAUACGCUCAACAUCCUUCUUCAUCGCCAAUUGUGCAAGCUUCAUUUGCCAUAUCUUGCACGGGGUACCAUCGAGCCGGCAUUUGCCUACUCCCACGCCGAGUGCCUCAAGUCAGCACGCGUCAUCAUCCAUGUAGAGCACCAGCUGCGGAAAGAGGAUUUGCCCUUUGUCUCGUUUCGCCAGCGGAUGAACAUGACGCUGCGAAGUGUCUUCCUCGCCUGUAUUGCGCUGGUACUCGAUGCUUGUCUGGGGAGCGAGUCGCAAGAUGGCUCUGCGAACGGAGAAGAGGUAUCUGAUGCGUGGAGCAUCUUGCAAGAGGCCAAGGGCCAAUCGCCGCUGGCCUCGAAAUUACUGGAGCUCUCGGUUCAAGUACUCGCAAAACACAGGGCAACGCACCCAGCGCUCGAGGCCCUCAAGAACCAGCCGUUGGGAAAGCUUGACCAACACAGGGAAACCGCUCCGAUGACGCCCGAGUCGGGGCAUCGCGAGCAAAGCGAUAACAGAGCCGCCUCUCUGCAAGUUGACCCAGAAUCGGAGACAGCCUAUCUGGAACAACAGUGGCAGGCACUCCAGGGGAGAAUGGACUUGGACUCAAUAGAUUGGGAUCGAAUGUUCUGGGGCUUGGACGCGCCCUUUAUAUGA